AUGGAGUUAUACUCGGAUGAUCCAGAAGAUGUGACUAUGCAUCGUGCCAAGGGUUCAAGCUGCUCUCCUGGUCAAGUGGUGUUCAUGGCGGGGCAAACGAGGGUGCUCCCAGCUGAUAGUGACUUCUCAGUUUCUGUGGAUAUUCUGGUACCAGUAGUUAUUGUGGUUGCGUGA